AUGCCCUCUCUCAUCUCGCCGUACUUCCUAGGCGCCGUCGCCGUGGCGCUUUGGCUCGUCCGGCUGGUGCUCACAGCCGUGAACUCACCUGUCCGCUCGAUUCCCGGGCCAUGGUACUCCAGGUUCACGCAGGCGGUCCUCAAGUACCACACUGUCCGGGGGCGGAGAAUGUACUACGUCGACUACCUCCACCGAACAUAUGGUCCAAUCGUCCGAAUCGCUCCUGAUGAAGCCGCGGUGUCGAGCCUAGAAGCUACCCAGAUGAUACAUAAGGUGGGCUCAGGCUUCAACAAGUCGGCCUUUUACGACGCGAUCACCUCGCAGCGUCGUGACGUUGAACCUGGUAUCUUCUCCAUGCGUGACAGCAAGCAACACGCCGCGCGAAGGAAGUUGUUUGCUAGGCCAUUCAGCCAGAAUUCGCUGCAGGCGAACUGGGAGUCUGUUGUUCAGAGCAAGGCGCGACUGGCCGUAAACAAGAUCCGAGAGGAGGCUGGAGCUGAAGGGGAAGCGGAUAUUUUAAAAUGGUGGACCUUGAUGGCCACGGAUGUGAUUGCACACCUGUCUUUUGGCGAGAGUUUCCGAAUGUUGGAGCUGGGUCGCCAAACACCGUUCAUCGAUGCGGUUCAAGCAGCCUUAAUGUUAGGGGUCAUGAUCAGUGAAGCCCCAUUCCUCCGCUGGAUCGGACCGCUCAUCCCCUUAAAGAGUGUCCAGAAGCUAUUCAAAGGAGAGGACCUUGUCUUUGAACACGGCGCCGUAGCCGUACAGAACAUGCGAACAGAUAGCGCCAACACUCAAAACCUCUUCGGGCAAAUGCUUUCCCAGGCUGAUAGUCAAGAGAAGACUGAUCUCACUGAUUCAACUGUCCGGCAAGAAGCCACCAAUUUCAUCGUCGCCGGCUCUGACACAACGGCGGUGACACUGACAUACCUGGUCUGGGCUGUCCUUAAGAGGCCUCAGCUGCGAGCCGCCCUCGAGAAGGAAGUAGCGGCACUUAGCCCGGAAUUGCAUCCUGGGGAACUUCAACAGGCUACGCUUAUGAAUAGUAUCAUCGACGAGGCCCUCCGCCUUCAUGGCGCAGCCCCUGGACCGCUGCCUCGCACAGUCCCUGAAGGCGGCGCUACAUUAGCAGGCCACUUCAUUCCUGCCGGCACGACUGUCACAACGCAUGCGUAUACUCUGCACCGAGACCCAGAUAUCUUCCCCAACCCGCUCGAAUUUGACGGCUGGAGAUUUGUCAAACAACCUAUGAGUCCAGUACAGAAGGCUGCUUUUAUGCCCUUCGGAGGCGGCACUCGAGUCUGUGUCGGUGCGCACCUGGCGUACAUGGAGCUUCGACUUGCCACUGCCUUGUUCUUCAGACAGUGCACAGGGGCAAGGCUGAGUCCAAAGACGACCGAGGAUGUCAUGGCGAUGGCUGAGACUUUCCUCAUAGCGCCCAAGGGCCACUUCUGUAACAUUGUGCUGAGUUGA